UCUUUGGACGGAAAAGAAAAGACCGCUGAUUUUUUGGUAAUGGUAUUGGUAGGUACGAGACGCGAGGGAGGGAUCAAACAUUGCGUUGAAAACGAACCAAAGAGCCAUUUUCAAAGCUUUCAAAACUCCGUCUUCUUCUCUUCAGACUUAUUCAACCGUUUUUCUUCAUUUUACAUAAAAUAAAAAUAAAGAUUCUGCCUUUUGUACAUAAGAAGAGAAGAGAAGAGAAGAGAAGAGGAACCCCCGUUCCUGUUCCUGUUCCUGUUCCGUUGCGUUCGCAGAAGAGCCUUCUUUGUUUGUUUGUUGGGUUCAAGAAGGCUCUCCUGUUGUUUUCCAUCACAACUCGGCUUCUCCCCCAACAUGAUACGCCUCUGGAUAGAUGCCUUGCAAUUAACCGAACUAUUUUUGAGCUCUUUCGUUCAUCUGGUGUACGCCUUUUACAUAUUCACCACAGCCGUCGCGGCAGAUCUCUCUCAAGCUCUCAACGGAUGGUUAUUCUCCCCUUCUCCCAAAGUUGACCUCAAAUCCAAUUCUCCCCUCCCCCCUGCGCACAAUCUCCCUCCCAUUGUUUUGGUCCAUGGAAUUUUUGGUUUUGGCCAAGGAAGAUUGGGAGGUUUAUCGUACUUUGCGGGGGCAGAGAAGAAAGACGAUAGGGUGCUUGUGCCUGAUCUGGGCUCCCUAACCAGCAUCUAUGACAGGGCUCGGGAAUUGUUCUAUUAUUUGAAAGGUGGACGAGUCGAUUAUGGUGAAGAACACAGCAAGACCUAUGGCCACUCGCGAUUUGGCCGAGUUUAUGAACGAGGGCACUAUCCCGAAUGGGAUGAGGACCAUCCUAUUCAUUUUGUCGGGCAUUCCGCCGGAGCUCAGGUCGUUCGAGUACUCCAGCAAAUGCUCGCCGAUAAGGCAUUCGAGGGAUAUGAGAAUACCAAUGAAAAUUGGGUAAUAAGCAUCGCAUCCUUAUCAGGAGUAUUCAAUGGGACAACCAGGACCUACUUGGAUGGGAUGCAGCCAGAAGAUGGAAGAUCAAUGAAGCCUAUAUCCCUGCUGCAGCUGUGCCGCUUGGGUGUAAUACUAUAUGAGUGGAUGGACAUUCCGUGGUUGAGAGAGUACUAUAACUUUGGGUUUGAUCACUUCAACAUGUCGUGGAAGAAAAUGGGUAUUUGGGGUCUUUAUGAUUGCCUCAUAGGAAAUGCGGGUCCGUUCGCCUCUGGAGACUGGAUCCUCCCUGAUCUUACAAUACAGGGAUCCAUCCGUCUCAACACCCAUUUGCAGACCUUUCCCAAUACAUACUAUUUUAACUAUGUAACCAAGUGUACUAGGAAGAUUUUGGGUGUCACAGUUCCAUCAAGCAUAUUCAGAAUCCAUCCCUUGUUUUUCAUUAGAGUUCUGCAGAUGAGUCAAUGGCGCCAUCCUUCAGAUGUGCCUCCACCUUACAAAGGCUACAAGGAUGAAGAUUGGGAGGACAAUGAUGGUGCACUCAACACCAUAUCCAUGACUCACCCUCGUUUUCCCGUUGAGCAUCCAAGUCGUCAUGUCGUAAAUGAUUCGGAGUGUAAACCCCUCGAACCUGGCAUCUGGUACUACAAGAUAAUUGAAGGCGAUCACAUUAUGUUCAUAGUGAACCGGGAGAGAGCAGGAGUUCAAUUUGAUCUCGUAUAUGACGGAAUUUUUGAACGUUGUAGAAAACAUGUGUUCAGGAAGAAUCCCCCAACGUUGCCAAAUCAAGCUCACCCAUAGGCAGGCGGCGGGCGCUGUUAUUGUUGCUCACCAUAGCACUACAACUAGGGAAUUGAAACAAAAGUUGUUAUUACCCUACUUCCUCAUACUUCAUUUUAGUCACCCCAUUAUUUUCUCCCUUCGUGUAAAUAAAAAUUUCCUUUUUCAUUUUCUUCCCUCCCCCUCAUCAAUUGUAGUAGCAGCCUGCUGCGGGGUAUUCAUCACUCAAGAAACUGAAUUAUUCAGACCAAAAAUUUGCCUCGCCACAGCACUGGAAUGCAGUGAUUUCUAUUUCUUUAUUGAACGAACAGAUAAACUACUUAUGAAACAUAACAAAAUAAACUAAUAGUUUAUGAAAAGUGGGUCGACUGGCACCGUUGAAUUGGGCGUAGUGGGCUUAUGUGAGGAACAGGAGAGUUGAGUUGGUAUUGUUGGGUCUUGGUGAGCUUCUCACUGUUAGGCAGACAGAUUAGAGGAACUUUGUUUGGAGUUUAGAGAAAGGGAGAGAGAAUUUAAGAGGAGAGAGGCACAUGGUUUUGUUGAACGGCUGGGUGGUUCAUGAUUGGAGAGGCACAUGGCAAUUGGCAUCGCCACUUGGAGCUUGUCCUUGUCGCAUUUUGCUCGACUCCACAGCCACAGCCACCGCCACAGCACUGCAUCGCUUCAAUCCACUCCUCUACUUCUACAGAAACAUUCAUAUGGGGUUCGUUUAAGAAUUCUGAAACUGAAUUAUUUUCACACUUCAACUUCUACAACAUAUUCUACAAAAUCGCUGGAGAAAACCAAAUGUUGGUGAUUUGAUUUGCGUAUUUUGUGGGAGUGGAACAAUUGAGACUGUCAAAGUGAGAACACCCACCCGACCCGAUGGAUGCUACGAAACAAUUAAAUCAGAGACAUUGCA